GUGUAACCGUCCGUGGUGUGUACUUCCGGCAGCUCCGGGAAUGCUUCUUCCGCCUCCGGAACCACCCGGCGCAGGGAGCUGACACGGAGCCCGGGACGGUCAGCCCGUCGGUCGCCGGGCCCGCAGUCUCUGGCAAUGGACCGGGACCUUCUGCGGCAGUCGCUGAAUUGCCACGGGUCGUCUCUGCUCUCGCUGCUUCGGAGCGAGCAGCAGGACAACCCGCACUUCCGGAGCCUCCUGGGGUCGGCAGCGGAGCCAGCCCGGGGCCCGCCGCCGCAGCAGGCGUUGCAGGGCAGGAAAGAGAAGAGAGUUGACAACAUUGAGAUACAGAAAUUCAUCUCCAAAAAAGCGGAUCUGCUUUUUGCUGUUUCCUGGAAAUCAGAUGCACCUGCAACUUCUGAAAUUAACGAAGACAGUGAAGAUCACUAUGCAGUCAUGCCACCUUUAGAGCAAUUCAUGGAGAUACCUAGUGUGGAUCGGAGAGAACUGUUUUUCCGAGAUAUUGAGCGUGGUGAUAUAGUGAUUGGAAGAAUUAGUUCCAUUCGGGAAUUCGGUUUUUUCAUAGUGUUGAUCUGUUUAGGAAGUGGUAUCAUGAGAGAUAUAUCCCACUUAGAAAUCACAGCUCUGUGUCCCUUAAGAGAUGUGCCUUCUCACAGUAACCAUGGGGAUCCUUUAUCAUAUUACCAAACUGGUGACAUCAUUCGAGCUGGAAUCAAGGAUAUUGACAGAUACCAUGAAAAGCUAGCAGUAUCUCUGUAUAACUCAUCUCUCCCACCACACCUAUCUGGUAUUAAAUUAGGUGUAAUUAGCUCUGAAGAGCUUCCUUUGUACUACAGGAGAAGUGUUGAACUAAAUAGCAAUUCUUUGGAGUCCUAUGAAAGUAUCAUGCAGAGUUCCUUGGGAUUUGUUAAUCCAGGAGUAGUUGAAUUCCUUCUAGAAAAACUAGGAAUAGAUGAAUCUAAUCCACCAUCUUUAAUGAGAGGCCUACAAAGCAAAAAUUUCUCUGAAGAUGAUUUUGCUUCUGCAUUGAGAAAAAAACAAUCUGCAUCUUGGGCUUUAAAAUGCGUGAAGAUUGGAGUUGAUUAUUUUAAAGUUGGACGCCAUGUGGAUGCUAUGAAUGAAUACAAUAAAGCUCUGGAAAUAGACAAACAAAACGUGGAAGCUUUAGUAGCUCGUGGAGCAUUAUAUGCGACAAAAGGAAGUCUGAACAAAGCAAUAGAAGAUUUCGAGCUUGCAUUGGAAAACUGUCCAACUCACAGAAAUGCUAGAAAAUACCUCUGCCAGACACUUGUAGAGAGAGGAGGGCAGUUAGAAGAAGAAGAAAAGUUUUUAAAUGCUGAAAGUUACUAUAAGAAAGCUUUGGCUUUGGAUGAGACUUUUAAAGAUGCAGAGGAUGCUUUGCAGAAGCUUCAUAAAUAUAUGCAGAAAUCUUUGGAAUUAAGAGAAAAACAAGCUGAAAAGGAAGAAAAGCAGAAAACAAAGAAAAUAGAAACAAGUGCAGAAAAAUUGCGUAAGCUCUUAAAAGAAGAGAAGAGUGAGAAGCAUAUUGAUGGGUAAAGUGGAAGUGGUAGGAUCAUGUGAAAAACAACUAUGUAAUCCUGAAAUGAUGUUUUAAAUAUACAUAUUUUAUGAAAGUACAGGGAUGUUCAAUUACAUAGAAACAUUUUUUAUACUUAAACACUUUUUUAGGGGCCUCUUCAUGAAAUCUUUACAUGGACUAAGGAAUAGUAAUUUAAUGCAUAGCUACUAAAUGCAGGAGAUUGUGAAUUCUAAAUUCAGGAUUAUUAUUAAUAUAAGUUUUUGUCAGCACAGCACGAGAAUGUUGGUUUAAGCAUUUGGUGAUAGAAUUCUGGGUAACAAUAAACUGCAGAAGGAAAAAAAUGUUUCCUUUUUACCAAAAUAAAGCUUCGUAAAUAAAGUCAAAUCCUAAUUAUGUAAAAUAGCACAAUGUGGUUUUAAUCACAAAAAUCAUAUUCUAUAGGUCUGUACAUCUAAGCUGCCCUUACAGGUUUAAAAGAUAAUCUCCCAGGUUUACCCCCAAAUGCUAGAUGUAGCCUCCAAAUUUAUUUCUGCUUUAUCCUCCUGAAAUAGCUGAUAAUCACAGAGCACUUGGGCUAUACUGGAAGUAGUGACACCAGCAGAAGUCAGAAUGAAACUCCUGUUCUGCUGGCAGUUUCUGCAUCUAAUCUGUAUGAUGCUGACUAGUGAGAUGUCUGAGGGUGCAAAGAAUACAGCAGUGAGUGCAUGGGCCUGUCCCAACAGCUGUGGUGACAGAGGUGGCUGGGAUCACUUAGUGUACAGAUGUGAGUUAAGGAGAUUGUUCUGUAACUUUCCACUUACCUUACUGAUGGUAGUGAAGUGUGUGAAGGAUAUCUGGAACUCUGGUGACUGCCUUUAGUACUAGGUGCAGGUAGGUCUAACCCACUCUGGAGGAAUAUUCAAUAGCAGUCAUUAGUAUUACUAUUUUUCAGAGGAGAAAUAUUUUUAAUUAGAUUUCACUUCAUGAUGAAUGCCAUAAAAGUUUCAUUUUCAUAAAGUGUUUAAGAUAUAUUUAAUAGGAGGUGCCAUAUAUUACCUGUUCAAAGUAUGUUUGAAGGAUAAUGCGGAUCUCAGCAUUUUCUUCUGUGAUACCAACUAACAUUUCAUCAAUAACCUUGUGAAACUGUUUGAGUUCACGAAGUUUGAUAUCUUGUUCUUCCAGUGAUUCACCUUUUGUGUCUUUCAAAAGACGGAUUUCCUUUGUGAGUUUUGCACACUGUUGGUAAAUAAUAGUCAAUUAUUCUAUAAAACUGUGUUCCAGAAUUUAAUAUUUUUAAUAGAUAAAGGAGGAUUUGGGACUUCAAAAAUAUGACAGGUCAGUUUUUCAAAGACAACAAUACCUGUUUCGUCACUCUUUCUAAUUUUGGCUUCUGCUCCUCCGUUUCUUUAUUUAGUUGAAAUGAAUAAGCCUGCUUCUCUGAUAAUUUUUCUUUGACAUUAUUUGCUAAACGUUCUAGAACGUCUAAUGUAUUUUCCAUGCUCUGCAGAAAAAGUAUUAACAUAUUUGCUAGAAUCAGAAAUUGACCUUUAUAACUUGGCAUUUAUCAAGUAUUCGUUGAAUUUCUGUACAUUAUUUCUGUUGGUGAAUAAUAAGUACGGUGAUGAACCUCUUAACAUCAUGUCUUGGUCAGUGACGGACUGCAUAUAUGAUGGUGGUCCCAUAAGAUUAUAAUGGAGCUGAAAAAUUCCUGUGACCUGUGACAUUGUAAUGUUGUAGGACAACACAUUACUCAUCAGUUUGUGGUGAUGCUGGUGUAAACAAACCUGCAUUGCCAGUCAUAUAAAAGUCUAGCACAUAUGAUUAUGUACAGUGCAUAAUACUUGAUAAUAAAAGAUAUUACUGAUUUAUGUAUCUACUAUACAGCAUACUUUUAUCAUUAUUUUACAGUGUACUAUUUAUUUAAAAAGUUAACUAUAAAACAGCCUCAGGCAGGUCAUUCAGGAGGUAUUCCAGAAGAAGGCAUUGUUAUCAUACGAGUUGAAAGAGCUUCAUUCAUGUUAUGUCCCUGAAGAGCUUCAAGUGGGGCAAGAUAUGGAGCUGGAAGACAGUGAUACUGAUGAUCCUGACCCCCAGGUAGGCUUAGGUUUAUGUGUAUGUAUGUGUCUUAGUUUUUAACAAAAAAGUUAAAAAGUAAAAAAAAUAGAAAAAAGCCUAGAGAAUAAGAAUAUAAAGAAAUAAUAUUUUUGUGCAGUUGAACAAUGUGUGUUUAAGAUAAGUGUUAUUACAAAAGUCAAAAAGUCUUACAAAAUUAAAAAUUUUUAAAGUUAAAAAGCUAUAGUAAGCUAAGGUCAAUUUAUUAUUGGAGAAAUAAAAUGAUUUUUAUGAAUUUGCUGUAGCCUGGGUGUACAUUGUUCAUCAUGUCUACAGUAGUGUCCUAGGCCUUCACAUUCUCUCACCACUCACUCACUGACUCAUCAAGAGGAACUUCCAGUCCUGCAAGCUCCAUGUAUGGUAAGUGCCCUGUACAAGUGUACCCUUUUUUUGUCCAUUAGACUGUAUUUUUAUUGUACAUUUUCUAUGUUUGGAUAUGUUUAGAUGUUUAAGUACCAUUGUGUAACAGUUGCCUAUAGAACUCAGUACAGUAACACACUCUACAGAUUUAUGGCCUAGGAACAAUGAACUAUACCAUCAAGGUCUGCGUAAGUACACCCUUAGGAUGUUCACACAGUGACAAAAUCACCCAAGGAUGCAUUCAUCCAAAUGCAGUCCCAUUGUUAUGCAGUGCACAACUGUAUAAUGGUUUUAUGGAUUAAAUUUUGUAUGUAAUUCAACUGGAAAUUAUUUUUAUGGUAUUUGGGAAAAAACAAUGACAA